AUGGCAUCAAUUAAACAAAUCAAUCAUAAUGAUAUCACUAAGUUAACUUCAGGUCAAGUGAUUAUUGAUUUGAAAUCAAUUAUUAAAGAAUUGGUGGAAAAUUCAAUUGAUGCUAAUAGUUCAAAUAUUGAAAUUAUAUUUCAUAAUUAUGGACUUGAAUCAAUUCAAAUUAAUGAUAAUGGGAAUGGAAUUGAAGAAGAAAAUUUCCAUCAAUUAUGUUUAAGAUCUCAUACAUCUAAAUUAAUUGAAUUUAAUGAUUUACAUUCAUUAACUAGUUUAGGAUUUAGAGGUGAAGCUUUAAAUUCAAUUUGUUCAAUUUGUAAAUCAUCAUUAGAAAUUAAUACUAAAUUUAAAUCAUCAAUUUAUCAAUUUGAAUUAGAAUAUAAUCAAUUAGGAGAAUUAAUUAAAUCAUCAAAGAAACCAACAUCAAUUAAAUCAGGUACAACUAUUAUAUUACAUCAAUUAUUUCAAAAUUUACCAGUACGAUUUAAAAAUUUUGAAAAGAAUUUAAAAUUAGAAUUUAAUAAAUGUAUUAAAUUCUUAAUUAAUUAUCUUUUAAUCUAUCCUCAUAUUAAAUUUACUAUAUUUAAUGUGGUUAAUUCAAAAAAGAAUCUAAUUUUAAAUACAAAAGGCGGUUUAAAUAAUUCAUCCAUUGAUAAUCUAAUUAAUAUAUUUGGAAAUAAUCUUAAUUUACAAUUUAAAAAUUUAUUACCUUUAAAUGAUUUAAUUAUCAAUGAUCAUUUAAAAUUACAAGGAUAUAUAUCAUCAAGUUCAAUUGGAAGUGGAUUAGCCAUGGCAAAUAAUGAUAAACAAUUUAUAUUUAUAAAUUCAAGACCAAUUAUAAAUAAAAAAUUUAUAAAAUUAAUUAAUGAAAUUUAUAAAUCAUUUAAUUUUUUACAAUUUCCAAUAUUUAUGAUUAAUUUAAUUAUUGAUCCUAAUGAAUUAGAUAUUAAUUUAGUUCCUGAUAAAACCAUGAUUUUAAUUCAUAAUGAAUUAGAAAUAUUUGAAUUAAUUAGAGAGAAAUUAUCCCAAUUUUUUGAAAAUCAAAAUAAUUUAAUUCCAAAGAAUAAACUGUUAAUGAAAGAUACUGAAUUUGAUCAAAUUGAUAAGAAAGUUGAGACCAUAAGGACGAAAAAGGAGCUUGCUGUGACUAAACAGGAACCAAAAGAGACAGAACAUGAAGAAGCAUAUGAAGAAGAAGAUGAGGAAGAAGUUAGAGAAGAGGCUGAUGACCAGGAAGACAAUAAUGAGGUAGAGGUCGAAGAAUCUGCUGAACAAGAGGAUGAUGAAUCUGAACUAGAGGAUGUUGAAGCCGAAAUUAAUGAGAAUAAUGACAAUGACAAUAGCAAUAGCAAUGACAACGAAACUUUACCGUUUGAUCAAACUAAUAAUAAACGAAAACUAUCUGAAGUAUUCCAAGUCGAAGAAAUCACAUUUGAAAAUGAUGAUAUUCAAGUCUCAAGUAGAGAUAUUUCAAGAAUAUCUCACAGAACCCCACCAAGUAGUGCCAGAAAUUCAUCACCCCCAACCUUACAUGAACAUGAUAAAAUUGAAUGUAAUCAUGAUCAUAAUAAAGACGAUGAUGAUAAUUAUGGAAAGAAUUUUUAUCCAAUUGAAACUGAUGAUGAUAAAGUUGAAAUCAAAAUAGGUGAUAAAAUUAUAGAAGAACCACCAAUUAAGAAAUUAAAAACUGAUGAUAUUUAUAAUUUAACUUAUAAAUUAGAUGUUGAAGAUAUUCAUGAUUCAUUAAAACAAUUCAAAUCAUUAAAUUUAAUUAAUGAACAACAAUCAAAAGAUACUUCCAAUGAUAUUAAAAUUGAUAAUAUUGAAGAAAAUCAAGAAGAAAAAUUAUCUUAUAUUAUAUCAAAACAAGAUUUUUUAAAUAUGAAAUUAAUUGGACAAUUUAAUCUUGGAUUUAUAUUAGUUUCAUUAAAUGAUCAAAAGAAUUUAUUUAUAAUUGAUCAACAUGCUAGUGAUGAAAAAUUUAAUUUUGAAAGAUUACAAAAUGAAAUUAAAAUUAAUUAUCAAAAUUUAAUUCAAUCUAUUAAACUUGAAAUUAAUAUAAUUGAUGAAUUAUUAAUUAUUGAACAUCAAAAAGUAUUUGAAUUAAAUGGGUUUAAAUUUAUUAUUAAUGAAGAUAAUAAGCCAGGAUUUAGAAUUGAAUUAAAAACAUUACCAAUUUUUAAAGGAAUUUUAUUUAAUUUAAAUGAUUUUUUUGAAUUAUUAAAUUUAAUUAAUUUAAAUCCUAAUAAUAAAUCAAUUAAAUGUUCAAAAAUUAGAAAUAUAUUAGCUCUGAAAGCAUGUCGAUCAAGUAUUAUGAUUGGCCAAAGUUUACAUAAAUCAAGAAUGAAUCAAAUUAUUAAAAAUUUGAAUACUUUAGAUAAGCCAUGGAAUUGUCCACAUGGUAGACCAACAAUGAGACAUUUAAUUGAAUUAAAUAAUUGGAAAUUAAAUUUAAAAGAUUAUGAAUUAUAG